AUGGGGCAAAUUAGGGAAGAAAAUCAGCAAACAACCCUUAGGCUAGAAAAGAAAAUAGGUAAGCUAACCUUGGCCCAUUCAAAAUGUGAAAUAGGUCAUCUUUCUAGUCAACUCAUCAUGAACCCACGAAAUCAGCCUUCUAGUAAUCAUGAACUAUUUACAUCUCAAGAUUUUGAAAAUAUAGAAGUGGUGACCACUUUGAAGGGUUGAAAACAACUCAAAGAUCCAUUUGCACUAGAUAUUUUAGAAAAAUAAGUUCAUGAUGAUGAAGUAUUAAAUGAUGAGAUAAUGAUCAUAACAGUUUAUUUUUUUGAUGAUGAGAAUUUAGAGGAAGAAAAACAAGAAUCGAAAGAAGAAAAAUCAGAAUUAGAACGACCACCCAUUCUUAUUUUAUCACAGCUAGAUGAACUUAGAAAAAUAAUCUCCUUUCCUAAAACAUUAGAACCAAAACUUAGGAAAAGAGCUGAACCUAAUAAAGAGCUUAUGGAAAUAUUUAAACAAGUUCAUAUCUCUAUCCCUUUGAUAGAUGCAAUCAAACAUAUAAUUGUAUCUGUAAAAAAAUUAAAAGAAUUAUGCACAGCUCAUAGAUCACCUCAGAAUAUAUCUUUAUCCAAAGAGACUACUGUCAUUAUUUCUCAUUCUUUGCCUAGGAAAUGUAAGGAUCUAGUAGCACUUCUCAUCUCAUGUAAAGUGGGUGAAACUACAUUUAGAAAAGUGCUCUUAGAUUUGGGAGCAAGUAUUGAUUUAUUACCUUUAGUUGUUUUCUAAAAUUAUGAAUUAGGAGAAUUAAAACUAUCUUUAGUAGAAUGACGUGACUCAGUCGUUGUAUGUUAAAUCACGCAAAUUUAAAAUUUAUAAAACUAGAAAAUACGAAUUUUCGGAUAUUUAGAAGUAUUUCAAAAUAAAUAUAUCAAUUAUAAUUCAAUAAAAAUCUCAAAAAUAGUGGUAAUUUUCCAGGUCGAUCACAGGGAUGUAAUAUAAUAUCUGGUAAUUAUUCAGAAUUUUUCUCAAUGAGUACGAUUUUCUUACGAAUUUUAUACUAGGAAAUAAAAAGGAAAUAUAUUUAAAAUUCACGAAAAAAAGGAAAUAAGGGUGCGGACGUCAGGAUGACGUCAGCGCCCGGCGAACGCGAAUCAGGCGGAAACAGAGUUCCGCCCGGCGAUUCUUACGUAGGCGAUUACAGACGACUCAAUUAAUCAAAUUAAGAUCUGUAAAAGCCGGAAGAAUCGUAAUUGAACGAAGUAUAGUUUGGUAAAUUAAAAUCAACAAAGUAUCACUAAAUGAAGCGUAAAUUAAAUUGAAAGCAGGAAAACAGAGUUCCGGCGUCGCGACGGCGAUGCGUCGGCGAUGCACCGGAAUCCUGAGCGUUCGGGAGGAUCGUCGUGCAGUGUCCACGGCCUCGAAGGCUCUCCUUGGACAAAGACGACGUGGGCAAUCUCUAGAUAAAGCAGGAAAACAGAGUUCCGGCGUCGCGACGGCGACGCGUCGGCGAUGCACCGGAAUCCUGAGCGUUCGGGAGGGUCGUCGUGCAGUGUCCACGGCCUCGAAGGCUCUCCUUGGACAAAGACGACGUGGGCAAUCUCUAGAUCUUCUCGCGAAGUCUAGAGACCAAUGAAGUGGGUCGUCGAAUCGUCUCCGGCGGCUGUCACCCGGCGGAGCGGAAAAACGGCGACUUUGCGGCUCUCCGGCGGCUGUCACCCGACGGAGAGGGGCUGGAUGGAGGUGAGGCGCGUGUUAGGGAGCUUCAUCCUCAGGUCCGCGCAGCAAGAGGAGGCUCUUCAUCGCAUCUGGUACGCUCUCAGGAGGUGGCGACUGGUCUCCCGGCGGAUCGUCCUCUUCCCGACGACGGCUUGUUCGUCGAUCAAUCGGAGAUGAUUUACUCGAUGGAUUGCGAUCCUUUUAUCGCGAAUCGUUCAGAAAUUUUAGUAGCAAUGCUCCGCGAAUCGCGUUGACGAGAUUUUCGCCGAUGAUCCAGCGAUUCCGGUUGCUUAAUCCUUCACCGGCGAUCUGCAGGAAAGUCGCGAUAAUCAGUUAAAAAUAUAUGAAUUUUGACACUGGGAGGAUUCGAACCCGCGGCGGUCGCCCGCCCGUUACAAGCUGGAUUUAGUCCCACAUCGGUUGUGGGCGGAUUAUUCGGGCGAAUAUAGAGUAAAGUUAGCUUUGUAGGCAAAGUCCUCUCGCGUGUACGACCACUCCUUGCCCCACAGCCGGCUGGCCACCGGUGACGUGAAAGGGGAGUGGCGCACACGUGCCCCUACCGAUCCAACCAAGCCGCUCGAGCCCCUGCUCGCGGCUACUCCCCGACUGCGCUUCCGACCCGCUUGCGGGCCCGGCUGGCCGGCGGAUCCCCCAUUUUGCAAUAUUUUUAUUUUUAUUUCUUGUUCUUCAUUUAUCUCAAAACUAAGACUGUAAAAAUCGUAUAAAAUCACAUAAUUACCCAAAAAUUCACGUUAAUCAACUGAAAACCACUUUUCAUGCUUUAACACAAAUAUAAGUCUAUUUAUCAUGAGUUAAGGCUAAAACUAUAUUAUUUACUGAUUAUUAACUCAUGAUAAUGAAGACUUAUCAUGGAACUUCAGCUAGAUGAUAGAUCUAUUAAAACACCUAGGGGUCUCCUAGAACAUGUCAUUAUCCAUGUUAAAGGAUGUAGAUUUUUAGUGGAUUUUCUGAUUUUAGAUAUUUCUAUUUUAGAUCAUCUUACUCAUGCACCAAUCAUAUUAGGACACCCAUUUCUUGAUAUAGAAAAGGCAAAUAUUGAUUGA